AUGCAACUUCUCGCGCCGAACGUGCGCCCGUCGGCGGAGAGGAAGCUCGUAAGGAAGCUCGACCUCCGGCUUAUGCCUACGAUCUUCAUCAUAUUCCUGCUCAACUACAUCGACCGUGUGGCCGUAACAUCGGCCCGGCUCCAAGGGCUCGAGCAGGAUUUGGGACUCUCAGACGUUCAGUAUGACACGGUGGUGGCUAUCCUUUAUGCGUCCUAUGUUCCCGCGCAGAUCCCGUCCAACAUGGUUACUCACAGUUUCACUGGCAUCUUAAUCUGUCGCGUCUUUAUCGGCUUGCCUGAAGCUGCAUUCUACCCCGGCUCGACGUACCUUCUAUCGAGGUGGUACACCAGAAAGGAGCUCGCAUUUCGAGCUGCCGUGCUAUACGUCGGUCUGCUGGUGUCCAAUGCUUUCGGUAGCUUGAUUGCCGCAGGCAUCCUAGCUAAUAUGCAGGGUACGUUGGGGAUCGCGGCGUGGAGAUGGCUGUUUUAUAUCGAGGGAGCUAUCACGAUGUUUAUCGGGUUUCAAGCCCUGUGGUUACUGCCAGAUUAUGUCCGUCUGGCGGAAGAUGCCGGUGAGGCAGACCAGGAUGAGGAGAAUGCAUCCUUUUUCCAAGGUUUCAUUCUAGCAAUAAAGGACCCUAAAGUCCCCAUCUUCAUGUUCAUGACAUGCAGUCAACUCCUGGGGCUAAGUUUCGUUAACUUCUUCCCUACGCCCCCUUGGAUUUUUACCGCGAUCGUAACCUUGAUCAACGCAUGGAACUGCGACCGAACGGGCGAACGGUUUUUCCACCAGACGGCCUGGUGGUGGGUCGUCAUGGUCGGGUACAUCAUUUCACUAUCAACGAUGACAACCGGUGGACGGUAUUUCUCGCUGUUUUUAAUGACCUCCGGAUAUGCUGGAUUUACGCUGACUCUGGUCUGGGUGUCGAAUGCGAUACCACGCCCGCCUGCCAAGCGCUCGGCCGCAAUGGGCCUUGUCAAUGGCUUUGGUAACAUGGGUAACCUGAUUGGUUCGUACAUUUGGAAGUCAAUUUGGGGUCCAGAAUACCACCAGUCUAUGAUUAUCGCAAUCUGCUCACUCGCGCUGGCAAGCGUCCUAAGCUUUGUGAUUCGCUGUCUGUUAAUCAGAGACAACAGACGGAUUGAGCGGGCGGAGGAGGAGUUUAUGCACGGACCAGAGCGCGAGCGGAUUGAAGAAGCUGCGAAGCUGGAGGGCAUCUCAUUUGAGGAGGCCAUUCGGAGGCGGAAAGGCUUCCGCUAUUUGUAUUAG